GUAGAUAGCGAGCGCUAUGUCUAUGGACUGGUGUACUACCGGUGCCCUCGUUGUUCUGACGGCGUGGCUCCUGUGGAAGUACCUGUCGUGGAACUAUGGAUACUGGCAGAGUCUGGGAGUGCCCUGCCUGGAGCCUUCGGUGCCGUUUGGGAACAUGAAGGACGCCAUUCUCGGCAAGAAACACGUCACCGAAGUCAUCAGAGACAUAUACAACCAGAUGGAAGGCCAGCCGUUCUGCGGCUUCUACCGCUUGCGGGAUCCGCUGCUGCUCGUGAGGGAUGCUGAUCUGGCGAGGACGAUGCUCGUCAGGGACUUCCCAUCCUUCCACGACAACAGUGCUCGCGUCGACGAGAACCUCGAUCCGUUGUUCGCGAGGAAUCCAUUCUUUCUUAAAGGCGAAAAGUGGAGGAAGCUACGCUCGCAGCUGAGUCCGUCCUUCACGGCGAGCCGCCUGAAGCCGAUGUUCCUGCUGAUGAAGGAAGUGUGCGACGACCUGGUGCGGGUGCUCAAGGACCACUCCAAGGCUGGCGGAGAUGGUGUAGAGGCCCACGAGAUAUGUUUGCGAUACACGACUGACGUAGUGACUUCUUGUGCACUGGGGAUCAAAGGGGGCGCCCUCAGUGACCAAAAGUCCGAAAUGCUGGAGAUGUUCAACUUGAUUCUGGAGCCCAACACCAACAGCGCAAUCAGAUUCAUGAUAGCUUAUGUCUGCCCUCGCUUGGCGUCUCUUCUUCGCCUAAGGUGUGUGCCGGAAAAAGUGGACAAGUUCUUGCGCGGUGUCGUGUCUCAGACGGUGGCCCGCCGCCAGCACGAGGGAGUCUACCGCAACGACUACCUGCAGAUGCUGGUGGAGCUCAAGACAAAGGGAUACCUGGACGGCGCGGGGCAGGUGCUGGCCGACAAAACCUUCUUCACGGAUCUGGACAUAGCGGCACAAGUAAUGACUUUCAUGACGGACGGCGUGCACACCAGCUCCACGGCCAUGUCGUUCGUGCUGUACGAGUUGGCGCACCAUCCAGAAGUGCAGCAGCGCCUGCGGCAGGAGCUGCAGGAAGCUCUGAGAAAGCAUGGAGGGCAGCUCGGCUACGAGGUCGUCCAAGAGGCCACUUACCUGGACAUGGUCAUCUCAGAGACCCUGCGGCUGAUCCCGCCUGGAUUCGACCUGAAGAAGACGUGCACGGCGGCCUACCCCUUGACGACGCCUGCCGGCCGCUCUUUGACGUUGCAGCCAGGCACCACUGUGGUCGUCUCCGUCUUGGGCCUGCACCGCGACCCUCGCUACUUCCCAGAGCCCGACGUCUUCGAUCCUGAACGUUUUUCCUCAGACAAGAAGGACCGACUAUCCACGAUAGCGUUCACACCUUUCGGAAUGGGGCCACGCUCCUGUUUGGGUCAGCGAUUCGCACUCUCACAAGUGAAGAUGGGCGUGGCGGCCAUAAUUCUCAGUCUGGAAAUAUGUUGCACGCCACUUACCCCCACAUCUAUCGAAAUGGAUCCCAAGUCUGUCCUGACUGCCAACAAGGGUGGCUUGUGGCUUGCUUUCCGGCCUCUCCCUACAUAACUGAAGAAGACUAAAAAGGACAGUUACUGUGGAAGAUUUUAUAUUCUCUUAUAUGUGGCUCUAUUUGUGUGAAAA